ACCCCGGAAUAUGUUGCAAACGGCGGUCAGGACUUCAUCCGGAACCGGAGCUGGGGCCGAGCCCUGAGAGGCGGCCGUGUGACAGCAGUCAGUCCACGGAGCAGCAGCAGCAGCAGCAGCCGCGGGCGCCGAUCGCAGGCUGGCGAAGCAGGGCUGAAGGGAGGGCGACAGGGACAAAGAGAGGGAGAGGCACAGACAGACAGGAAAUGGGGACUCAAGGAUCAGGCAGAAAGCGGAUUGCCAACCGAGAGCGACUAUCUGCAGAAGAUGAUACUCUGAAUCUGAUUGCCAGGGAGGCAGAGGCCAGGUUGGCUGCAAAACGAGCUGCAAGAGCUGAGGCGAGAGAGAUUCGAAUGAAGGAAUUGGAGAGACAGCAGAAGGAGAUCUACCAGGUACAGAAGAAAUAUUAUGGGCUGGAUACAAAAUGGGGAGACAUCGAGCAAUGGAUGGAAGACAGCGAGAAAUACUCUCGCAGAUUCAGAAGACACACUUCGGUAUCUGAUGAAGAUGACUGGACAUCUGUGGGAAGUCGUGGCAGUGCCCGGGCUGAUUAUGAGAGUGUUGGUGCCUCUGGAGGGAGCUCCCGCUACAGUGAUGCCCAUCUGAAAUCAGCCAAACAGCGACUCAGGAAGGAGGCAGUGGGAAGUUACUAUUCUGACCUCCCUGUGCUCAGCACUGGGCUCGGCACCAAGUCCCAGAAUGGAACACGGAUGUCUACCUUCGACGGGAAUGCAAGCCGUCGCUACAGUACUUCCACCUCUCGAGCCCCCUCAGAAUACAACUGUGUACUUGGCUCCAGUUCCCGCACAUCAUCUCGCGCAAGCUCAGCUCGAGCAAGUCCAGUGGUGGAGGAGAAGUUGGACAAGGAUUUUACAGAGAAGGGAUCCCGAGCAGCUUCAAGCCUCUCUGCAGCUACCCUUGCCUCCUUGGGGGGGACCUCAUCAAGGCGAGGUAGUGGGGAGACCACCACCUCAAUAGACACGGAAGGCUCCAUUCGAGAAAUUAAGGAAAUCUUUGAAUUAAAGGACCAGAUACAGGAUGUAGAAGGAAAGUACAUGGAGGGGUUGAAGGAGCUGAAGGACUCGUUGAUGGAGGUUGAGGAGAAGUACAAAAAGGCUAUGGUAUCAAACGCACAGCUAGACAACGAAAAGGCCAAUCUGAUGUACCAGGUGGACACUUUGAGGGAAGAUCUGCUGGGGCUGGAAGAACAGUUAGCAGAGAUGCACAGGGGACAUGAGGAAAAGUCCAAGGAACUGGAGAGACAAAAACAUGCUUAUUGCAUCUUGCAACAUCAGUUUGAAGAAAUGAAGGAGACCCUUCAAGAAAGGGAAGAGAUGUUAACGGAAAUCAAAGAGCUGAACCAGAAACAGCGUUCUUUUGCACAAGAAAUCACUGAUCUCCAGGAGACGCUGGAAUGGAAAGACAAGAAAAUUGGGGCCUUAGAAAGACAGAAGGAAUACUCUGAAGCCAUCAGGAUUGAUCGAGAUGAGCUUAGGAAUGAGGUUAUGAUGCUGAAGGAGAGACUGAAGGCCCAUGGGCUGAUGACAAACGGAGAAGCUGAGCAUGUUGGCAAAGAAGGAAGUGCACACAGAGAAACUGCUCAGACAAGGCCUCAGGCUGAGGCCCAGCAACAGAGCUCCAGCGACAAACCCCUAGGAGAAUGCCACGGAUUGCAAAUGAGGAAUGAAAUUUUGAAGGCUGUUGAGCAAAAAGGAAACAUGCAGAAUACUGGAACUGAUGAACAGAUGGACAAGACUGGGAAUCGGGAAAUGUUAAUGGAUAAUGUGGAAGAAAAGGACAAAACUGAGAGCUUUGAGGAACUGACUGAGACUGAUACACCAACAGUGACUGUAAGAGAUAAUGCAAAUGCAGACCAGAUAGAAUGUACUGCAGCUAAUCUUGAUGACAGAGUGAAAAGUGCAUUUGACACACAAAACACAGGAGGUAAGGAGGUAACUGAGAGAAUAAAUAGUGUCCCGAGAUCUGAAGAAACAAUGCAGAGCUAUAGUUGCAGAGAGGAGGGUGAGAGUGGAAGUGAUCUAAGAAUAGAAGUGAAUCAGCUGCAGGAGAAUGCUAAAGAGACUUUGAAUGAUGAAGCGAGGUUUCAGAAUGAACAAGGAGAUCCAGGUUGCCAUGGAGGGAUGAUCAAGGAAAAACAUAUUGAAAUCGGGAAUGAUGUAAAUGUUGUGCACAAUGAUGUUGUUGGAACAGGAGCUGACUAUCAAAUGAUUGUGGAGAAAACUCAGCAAAUAGUGCAGAAUGUAGUAGAAAAAGCUGUAGAAAUUAUUCGGCAAGAGAUGUCUGGGCAUGAAUUGCAGGAGAAGUUGCCAGAUCUGGGAGAGGACAUUUGUGUAGGGAUAGUGUCACAUGAGGUGAAAAGGAAAAACUUAACAAGAACACAAGAAAUACCUGCUGAAUCUAACCAGGUUGAUCAGAAGGAACUAGGUAGGGUGGUGAUACAAAAGACAGAACAUGAGCAAGCAGUCAUUGGGACUGUGCUGGAGACUGAAAUCUGCUCAUCAGAUCUUCAGGGUGAUGUAAUCAAGAGUGAGGAGACUGGGCCAUUGCUUGUCAUGCUGUCAGAUCAAAAUGAUCAAUUAAGGUCCAGUGGAGAAGGCAUCUAUGAGAUAGAUGAUACAGAGAAAGAGGGACUAAGCGAUCAGGGGAGAAAGAAGCAACCAAUAGUUGGUGGAUUCACGGUUUCUGAAGAGCUGGAAGAAGUAGAAGAAAUGGCAGAGAAAGUUGAGGUAGUGAAUGGUUUAACAACUGGAGCAGCCAUGCAGGAGUUGGAAGAAAACAAAGAUGAUGCUUGCCGUCUGGGAGGGGAGAAAGAGCCUGUGAAAGGAGAUGAAGUCAACCAUGCACUCAUUCAUAAUGAAGAUCAAGAGUGGAGGGAUGAUGUGAUUGUGAAAGAGAGCACAGAAACGUGUCCACAGGAUGAGGAAAUUAAGGAUUGUGAACUAGGAAAAGAACAGCUGCCAAAUGAAGAUGAGCCCAAUACAACUGCAAAGCCAGAGGAUGGAGCCAGACAACUGUCGCAGCAUCAAAAAGUGGAAGGCAGUUUAGAACAUGAUUGUCUCCUGAAAGUUACAUUGAAUGAGGAGAAAAAUGAGACGGAAACUGAGAACGAGAGUAAUAUUGUAGAAUUUGAAAGCGAAGUCAAGACGCCCAAAGGAAAUGAGGAUAGAGCAAGGGAACUCGGGGAAGAUGAUAAAGGUGUUAAUGCAGGGAAAGUUAAAUGUCAUGGAAGCGAUAAAAGUGAGAAUAACAUGAGAGAGAGUGACAUUGAGGAUUAUGAAACGGAUGAAGGUACUGACAAAGAGACUGGUACAGAUGGAAUUUUAUAUUAUAGAGAGAGGUGGGUGAUAGAUGAGGUCAGUAAAAGUGAAGGGAGUGUCAAGAGCUCCAAAGCUGAUGUGGAUGGAGGCAAUGAUAGGGAUAAUGACCAGGAAAAUGACAGCAAUAUCGCAAGUGGUGAUCGAUAUGAGACUAUAGGUUCCAAAGAAGAUACCAUUAAAAAUCAGAAAGAAUAUAAAGCAAAUUUGAAAAGCCAAGGAGAAAAAAUUGCGAUGGACAUCUCUGGAGAUAUAAGCAGUGAGUUUAAGAUUCUGGCAGAUGAAAGUGAGUUUCAACGCCCCAGUUCAAAUAUAUUUGGGGGUCCUGAAGAGGAAGAUGAUGAAAUCAAAUGUUCCAAGGUUGAAGAAAAGGAUGAGUCCCAAACCAUCAAAGAAGUAGAUGAUGAUGCCAUAGGUGAAGAGGAGGUUGAAGUCAUAAGCCCCAUUGAAGAAAACAAUGAAGUCAAUAUCCCCAGGGGCGACGGAGAAGAGGUUAAAAGUACCAGAGAAGGAGAUAAUAGUGUCAAAGGCAUAGAGGGGACCAAAGUCAAAAACUCCAGAGUUGAGGAAGAGAUUGAGGUCAGAAGUCCCAAAGAAGAUGAUGAAGUCAAAGAUGAAGAGGGGAAUGAGAUCAAGAGUCCCCGAGACAAGGACGAUGAGGUUGGAGAUGAAGAAGAAGAUGAUGUCAAAAGCUACAAAGAAGAUGAUGAAGUCAAAGAUGAAGAGGUGCAUGAGGUCAAAAUUCCCAGAGAAACGCAAGAUGAGGUUGAUGAAGAGGAAGUUGAGGUCAAAGGUUCCAAAGAAGAUGAUAACGUCAAAGAUGAAGAGAGGGAUGAGGUCAAGAGUCCCAGAGAAGAGUACAAAGUGGUCAGAGAUGAAGAAGAAGAGGUCAAAAGCACCAAAAAAGAAAAUAUUCAGGCCAAAGAUGAUGAGGGAGAUGAAGUCACCAGCCCUGGAAGAGAAGUACAGGAUGUUGUCAGAAAAGAUGUGGUUGGGAUUGAAGACCCCAGAGCAGAAGACAAAGUCAGACGUGAAAAAAGGAAUGUGGUCAUUAGUUCUAAUGUUGAAGUAAAGGAACCAACAGAAAAAGAAAAGGAUGAAGUUAAGGGCCCCAGAGAAGAAGGUGGGAAGGUAAAAAAUAGAGAAGGAAAUAUUAUCAUUGACCCCAAGGAUGAGGAUGCAGAUGAGGUAAAAGGUUCUGUUGUAGCAGAUGAUUCGAGUAUAGGUGAAGAUGGGAUCAAAGGCUCUAGAGGAGAUGAGGAUGAAGUCAAAGUUCCCAGAGGAGAGGAAGGCGGCAAUUUUAAAGGGUCCAGAGAGGAGGAGGAGGAGGAGGAGGAGGAUAUGAUCAAAAGCCCCAGAGAUUUGAAUGAUGAGCUCGAAGGCCCCAUAGAAGAGGGUGAUGAUGUCAUCGGGCCCAGAGGUAAUGAGGGAGAAGAGGUCAAGAGACCCCGAGGAGAGGAAGAGCUUGACCUCAAAGACUCUGAAAAUAAAGAGAAGAUAAUGGUCAAGACUGGACAAAAAAGUGAAGAACAACAUGGCACAGACAGUCUAGGAAAAGAGCAGAGAAAGGAGAAUGAAGUAUGUACAGUUGAAAAAUCAGAAGAAACAAAGGUUACUGAUCUGACAAAAAAGGAAAAUCUGGGUGAAAUCGUGGAUGACAAAACUGUGUGGCAUUUAAAGGGCCAAGUUAAUGAGAGCAGCAAAACCAAUCAAUUGCAGAGUAAGAGCUUUGAAGAAAUAUAUGAAGGCAAACCAGAGAGUAAUUUCAAGAGUGUUCACAAGGCAAUGGAUAACAAAAUUGAACAAGAGAUGGUGAGAGAGGUGACGACUGGAAUAACUGAAGAACCAACAGCACUAGAGCACCUGCAAGUUGGGGGUGAGAAAGAAAGGAAGCAAAUACUGGAUACCAAUAGUUGUAAUAAAACAUUUGGGGAUAAUACCCAGACGUCAAAAAGGGUUGAUAGCAGUUCCGAAGAAAAGGAUGAAAAAGCAAGGUGUGAAUUAAAUGAAGAACAAAAAGAACUAGCAGAAGGUGGGGAGCAGGAUUCAUCAAUAGGUAGAGUGUCAUUGGGGGAAGUUACUAAUCAAAGAAUUCAAGAUGGUGAAAAAGUGGAUCUUGUAACGAGUGAAAGAGAUACUUCUGGGGCCAACAAAGAACAAACGAUACAGGACUCUGAGACAAUCAAAACAAGGAUAGAAGGCACAACAAAUAUUCAGAGUGGUAUUGUAGAACAAGAGAUCAGAGGCAAAGAUGAGGAUUCUGAGAAAGGGGAUCCGUUUGAGUGGGAUAAAGAGACAAAUGAAAUGUUGCAAGGUGAAAUUCGAGAUGAUGAGGCACCUAAGAGUGAGGAGAAAAGGGAAAAGACAUCUGCUGAAAGUGCGGCUGAACCCAGGUCCAGUGAGAAUCUAAAAGCUAAUACUGAUUGUAAUAGGGAUGCAGAGUAUGAUGAGCAGAAGUGCCAGCAUAGGAACAAUAGUUCAAGACAAUCCAGUUAUGGUGAGGACCAGCCUCAGAGUGAGAGUCAGAAGGGUAUGUCCAACAUAAGUGGAGCAGAAGGAAAUAUGAAGGCAGAUGAAGAAAUGGGGCUUUCUGAGACAGCAAAGGAUAGUAAGAGAAAAAGCAAAAGUAAAGAUGAGUGUUCAUUAUCAUGAGAUCUAUUAGAAGUCAGUAGAUUUCACUAUAGAAUCAUACUGUAAUAAAUCACUUUAUCAGAAUUGUUAUUUUAAUAUAAAUUUGUAUAUUUGUCAUUUAUGAUGAAGUUUAAUUUUGCCCUGAGCUGUUAUUUGCACUAUAUUCUGAGGCUUGCUCUAUCCUGCUUCACCAGCACCCAGCUUCUCUAGCCUUUGGCUACCUGCACAUCUUGCCUGUACAAUCAGUUUCCCAUUAUGUGCACGGUCUUUGUGAGCAGAUCAAGGUAAACCUUGCACUUUCCUCAGGUCACAAUUGGCUACCUGUCUUAAACUGAUCAUCGUGCUGCCAUGUAGCCACAAUUUCAUGGUGCAAUAUGAAGAUCAAGGGCAUGAUUGUUCCAUUAGUGCUGAGCAAUGAUACAAUGAAUACUUGCUGCUCAAUUAAGUGUUUUGAAUGCAAAAUCAAUAUGAAUUGUCAGUACACGAUAAAGAUUGGAGGGAUCCAGGUUAUUUUUCUUUUUGAACCUAGAGCAGUUGGAAAGGGGCUGCAACUGGGUCACAACAUGCCAGAAUUAGGCUGCGCAAAUCAGACAGAUUCCUCACCCUGACUAGUAUCCAGUGACUCUCUUAAGGUUCUUGCUCCUGAUCACUCUCUAAUAACUACUGCGUAGUGACCUGGUAGGGUUUCUGUCUCUGAUCAAUGUCCAGGACAGGUAAGUUUGCUAGAGAUGUUCUGAACACUGUGUAGUGACUCUUGGGUUAGAGAGAGACUCUUUAUGAUACAAUAUUGCUGCCUGUCUACUUAACUGCAUGUGAUGAUUUGUGGCUGCUAUUCCUCUGCUUUUUGUUUGAAAAAUAUCACCUCAUUUAUUAUAUAUUUUUGCUGUGAAAUUAGGAAGAUAGACACACGGCUCGUAGAAACCCUGAACAGCUGCUUAAAAUUAAAUGAAGCACAGAUUGCAUCAGAAACUACGUGAAUUCUUAUUGUUGUGCCUUGAAUACAUAUCUUGGAGAGUUGAAAAGUCAUGGUGUACUGGCUACUGUGUCUAGCCUUAUGUUACAGUUUUCAUAUGGAUUAAUGUCAUUAACAGUCUUAAAUAGGCACAUUGCAUAAAUGAGGCACUGUGACACAGCUGGAAUCUGAAUAAAAAGUCACAAUAUGAAUAUUUU